AUGGCUAAUCCUAAUUUCAGACAGGACGGUGACAAGAAUGUCCUGAACACUGUAGUGCUGUGGUGUUGUUGUGGCUUCUUUUUCAUAAUUUGUGGUUACGGCUUGUACCGGCAGCAUACGUUGGAGCAGCGAGUGCUAAUGUUGGAGCAGCACUUCCAGGAGCUGCGGAGAGCUGCGCAGGUGGAGCAGCCGGCGCUGGGCGCAGGGCCAGAGCUCUCCAGGAAGGAACGAGAUGUCGGAGACUGCAUUUGUCCCGCAGGUGUAGAAACUAUAUCAUCAAAAUAUGAAAUAAAUGAGAGCUCGGAGGUCACGCGUCGUAUAAAAGGCACUAAACCAAUAUCACACAUGUUUUUUAUAUAUGGUGUAAAAAUCGAGGGGCAGUCUGAGGGUCCCAGGAUAUAUGGUCCAAUAAAGCAGGGCUCCAGCCAUAAACGUCUACCCGCCACCAUCGACCAACUUCACGAAUCCAAUCUCGUGUCGCACAUCGACGAGUCCGUUCUUUUAUAA